AUGCCUCAAAAGUUUAGUAUCUAUGAAACAUCGUACAACUCGAGUCAUCAUGGAGCUCAACUAAAUGAUAACCUUAAAAAUCCAAUCCACAAGAAGGCACCACUUUCCGACAAGAUGACCUACACAGCUGACCACAAAGAACACCACUUGGCAAGUACUGUUGCCGAUUAUGCAAUUGAAAUGAAUGAAGAUACUGGAACCUACACCCUCAUUCAUCCACCCUCAAAAUAUCACUCCGAAGCCAAAUCAUCAUUCUCCAACAGACCUCUUGCUCCAAAUAAUGACCAAGUACAUCAAGAAAAUAAGGAACACAUCAAAAAUCUGGAACAAGACAUGAAAGUCACAAUGGCCAUGCCAAAGGAUGAUCCAGAAUCUGUAGAAAUGUUGGGUAUUUACAAAUCAACAACUCAUGCUCACUACGACAAGACCAAAGUGUUCGAUACAACCCAACCACAAACCAUUAUUUAUAGAGAUCAACAACAGAGAGGAAAAGUCAAGACAGGAUUUAAAUCGUUUACUCAUACUGAUGAUAUGAGUGCACCUAGUUCGAAAUUCCUUGUGGAAAAUUUGGAUAUUCAAGCAAAGGCUUAUCCUCAAUCAUUUGCUGCAACAACUAACCUUGGAAUGAUACCAACAACUAAGGAAGAGUACAAUCAUAUGGAUGAAAAAUUUGAGCAACAAGCCACACUUAAAAAUCGUAUGAUGAAAUCAACUUUGGAAAAGCAAAAUCAGCCAAUUAAUGAGCACUAUAUUUCUGAGCAAAAAUCUCAAUAUGCUGCCAAAGAUCCUGAACAUUACCAAGUUGAUAAGAGUUUUGUAAAACCUCAAGUAUUUAGUUAUCGUAUUGACACUGUAAAUGGAACGCCGUGUGUCAAGGCAAGUUAUACUCAACCGAUUGUACCAUCAAAUUAA